ACUAGCAAAAUAAAGUCAAACGGCUGCUGAACUGCGUUGUUCAAUUUUUUUCCACAAAUCGUGGGCAUUGCAAAGUCUUAAAUUUUUAAAAACAAUUGUGAACAUAUAUUUACAUUAACUACGAGGAACAUCGAGAGGAAACGUGCUCAGAGCGGCAAAGCCUAAUCCAUUAAAAAUGGCUGAAGAGUAUAUGCCAGAUGUUAGCGUCAUGGACACAAUUGUGCCCGCCAUCCUGGGACUGACCGCGGCUGCCGUCCUCUCGUCGGUGGCCUGCAUCUGCGCCCGGCAGAUGCGUCUCCGGAACAAGAAGCAGAGCCAGCAUGACGCCUCCUUCCCCUUCCAGCCGACCCGGCGACCGACCGCAGUUCGAUCGCCCAGCGGCCAGCCGCCGCACUACUUGAAGAAGUCGCCCUCGCCGACGGGCGGCAAGCAGAUGGGUCUUCUGUCGCCUAUGCAGGACCAGUCCACCUCCCCGAUCGCCCAGCCGAAUGUGAAGUACAGCGAGGAGGACGAGGGACCGCCCCAGCAUCCGGAGCAGCACAAUGGCAACGGCAACCAACUGACCGUGGUGGAUGGCAACGGGUUGAAGCACUCGCUGCACAACAGCCUCCACCACUCGCCGGUGGAGACGAUCGCCAACGGAAGUGUGACCAUCACCCUGGACGAUCAGGCGCUGACCAACGGGAAGGAUCUUGUCGUGACCGACCAGUACGGAAAGCUGGGCACCAUAUACUUCAAGCUGCGCUACUUGGCAGAAAGGAACGCUCUGAUGGUCUCCAUCAUACGCUGCCGCGGACUGCCCUGCAAGGGCGGAUCGGGCGGAACUGGGGACAUCCCCACCGGAAUGAACGGACGUACCCAGGCCGCCACUGAUCCGUAUGUCAAGCUGCAACUGCUGCCGGACAAGCAGCACAAGGUCAAGACCCGCGUGGUCCGAAACACCAGGAACCCGGUUUACGACGAGGACUUCACCUUCUACGGCUUGAACAUGAACGACCUGCAGAACAUGUCGCUGCACUUCGUCAUCCUCAGCUUCGAUCGGUAUUCGCGCGACGAUGUCAUUGGCGAGGUGGUUUGCCCACUGACCUCCAUCGAGAUCGGGGACAUUUCCAAGGAGGCCCUGUCCAUCAGCAAGGAGAUUCAGCCUCGCAGCCUGAAGAUCCGAGCCCAGGGCCGCGGCGAACUGCUCAUCUCACUCUGCUGGCAACCAGCUGCCGGUCGUCUCACCGUAGUCCUCCUCAAGGCCCGAAACUUACCGCGCAUGGAUGUCACCGGUCUGGCCGAUCCUUAUGUCAAGAUCUAUCUCCUCUACAAUGGCCAACGCAUCGCCAAGAAGAAGACGCACGUCAAGAAGCGCACUUUGAGUCCCGUUUUUAACGAGAGCUUUGCCUUCGAUAUACCCGCCGCCGAGGGCACUGGCGCCACUCUUGAGGGUGUGUCUUUGGAGCUGAUGCUGCUCGACUGGGAUCGCGUGACCAAGAAUGAGGUUAUCGGUCGCUUGGAGCUGGGUGGACCGAAUUCGAGCAGCACCGCAUUGAACCACUGGAAUGAGGUGUGCAACUCGCCGCGCCGCCAGAUCGCCGAGUGGCACAAGCUGAACGAGUAGGGAAAAGGAUGAAACCACCUGGGCGCUGGCGCCCCUUAUAAGAAGGGAAGAAGCAGGAACAGGCAUCUGAGCGGGAGUCAUGCGGUUCAUCAGCAUGAGCUCGUCGCCCCUUUAAAUUUGUCUCACGUUCAGCAUUUAGUUUAAUAUGUUUUAAGGAGUUUUGAAAACUCAGUUUUUUUUACAUAUUACUUGCAUUAAAUCUGAUUUUUGGGAGACCUCUUAUGAUUUUUGCGUUUAGUUGCUUCAAAGCGUGGCGGCUUAAGCCACUUGCAGAAAAUAAUAUUUACUAACUAACUUAAAUGUAUUAGAAAAUGUUUAGGACCUUAAAAAUAGGUGUAAGAUAAUUCAGAAACAUCUUAAAAAAAUCAUUUUUGGAAAAUGCGAAAAGGAAACAGAUUUAAAAAAACAUGUAAUGGACACUGAUUUUGUUGCUGUAUAGAAUUUUUCUUUUACGUUUAUGUAACUUAUAUAUAUCUAUGUAUGAUUUUCAUAUCAAAUAACUGAAGUCCCAUUUAAUGUGCCCACCACGAUACAAAAUGAAGCCGAUUUUCAAACAAGAUACAUUAAUAACCAUGCAUAUGUAUAAAAUAUUAAUGAUGAUACAUAACUCUUAAGCAUAAUGUCUGUGUACAAUAUAAUUUGUAUUAUUUAGAAAAUUUCUGUUUAAUUGUAAAGUAUAAAAAAUACCAUGAAUAUAGUGAAUACCAAACACCAAAGUCGCACACUCCGAUAGCUCUUGAAGUGUGUCCAGAUUAAAGCGAAGAAAAAGGCUUACUGCUUAACACUUUAUACGUACUCUUAAAAAUAACUAAAGCUACAAAUAAAACUAAACCAAAUUGAAUCUAGAGAGAACACGCAGCAGAAUGCUUAGCACCAAGAAGCUACAAAACCACACACAAAUUGAUCGAAAAAGUCAGAAAAACAUUGAUUCGGAGAAAAAACAAAACACAAAACAAUAAUGUAAGCAGCAUAGUACAUGUAGGAAUCAAUUACCAAUAACAUACUAGAGUAUAACCACUCACGAAUAGCUCAAACCGAACGCAAUAAGCACUCCAAGGUGUAUCUAGCGGCACUUCUUAUAAAUAAAAUGGAUAAAGCAUCCCCGAGGAAAGCAUAGCUUAAAGAAGACACAGAGUCAUUAUCCACUUACUGAUGCUGAGUGUACUGAAUACAACUAUGAACUAUACCAGAUCUAUAUAGACAUCAGCCCGUUUCUACGUAUAUUUUGUGAACUGAAUGUUAGAGCAUUACAUUUCAUUGAAAACCUACGUACAUACCAUAAGGAUAUAUACAAGCAUACAUAGUCAUUCAGAAGAAUGGUAAAUACAAAUUCAAUUCGUGUCCAAUCAAAACUUCAAUUCGUCUAAUGGGAAAACAAUAAUUACCAAUACAUAUGCGAUGAGUGUUUGCAAAGGAACCCAUAUAUAUGAGAUGUGUAUAAUUCUACAUUAUAUAUAAUAGUAAUUGUAAGCUACAUCAAAUGGUUAAUUUCAGUAAUAAAACGUAUUAUAAAAAACAA